AAGGUUGAGAAGGGAACGAAUGGGACUGACAGCGAGUUCUACAACCCGAAGAAGAAGGCAGAGAAAGAGUACUUGACAUUCCUAUCUGGGUUUCGGCAAUUGGCACCGAGAGAUGCAGUGCUGAAUAACUUGGCCUUGUCAGAUGUGGAUCUACAAGACUUGAUCGCCAGCGCAGAUAGCGUGACAUCGGAGGAGAGGAAGGACGAGAAUGGGCAGGUGUAUUAUGUGUAUGAGAUUGAUGGUGUUGGUGCCCAUAGUUUGAUAUCUGUUACUUGUGCUAAUAACAAGCUGUACGCCCAUUUUGUUAAUGCGCCUACACCAGAGUGGAAUAGGGACCAACAAACUCUAAGGCACAUUCAUAAGUCUUUUAAAACUGUUGGAUAAUGUCAUUAGUUCAUUGUCUACGAUAGAUAUUGUGGGGCGAGAGAGAGAGAGAGAGAGAGUGAGAGUGGGAGAGAGUGAUAAUUUGAUGUAAUGAUAUGUACUUCCUUUUGUUAUUGACCAAUAUGGAUUCAUUUGAGCAAAUUCUCGUGUUUAUUGCACACACUGCAAUUCAUUUGUUAAUGUUCUACUAA